AGAAAAGAGGGCAGAUAGAGGAGGAAGAAGAAAAGGCCCUCCCAUUUUAGUACUCACAGUACUGCCUCCUCUAUCCGGAUCUUAGCAGUUUUUGUUCGAUCGACAACUUGUUGAUCUGGUAAAAUGCAAUCUGAUCUUGGGAAGUUAUUCAUCGGUGGAAUUUCCUGGGAUACAACUGAAGAGCAUCUGAAGGAGUAUUUCAGUGCUUAUGGGGAGGUUUUGGAAGCUGUGAUUAUGAAGGAUAGGACAACUGGGCGUGCCCGUGGUUUCGGUUUUAUAGUGUUUAGUGAUCCCACUGUUGCUGACAGAGUUAUCAAGGAGAAACACAACAUUGAUGGCAGGAUGGUUGAAGCCAAGAAAGCAGUUCCUAGGGAUGACCAGAGCACGAUGAGCCGAAGCAGUAGCAGCAUUCAAGGAUCUCCCGGUCCAAGGCGCACAAGGAAGAUUUUUGUUGGUGGAUUAGCGUCCACGGUCACAGAGAGUGACUUCAAGAAGUAUUUUGAACAGUUUGGGACGAUAACGGACGUGGUGGUAAUGUAUGAUCACAACACUCAGAGGCCAAGAGGCUUUGGAUUCAUAACUUAUGACUCCGAGGAUGCAGUGGACAAAGUCUUGCUGAAGACUUUUCAUGAACUGAAUGGUAAAAUGGUUGAGGUCAAGCGUGCAGUUCCUAAGGAGUUAUCUCCUGCUCCUACUACCCGAAGCCCACUUGGGGGUGGAUACAGCUAUGGAUUGAGCAGGAUUGACAAUUUACUCAAUGGGUAUUCACAAACUUACUCACCGAGUGCAGUUGGAGGAGGGUAUGGACUCAGGAUGGACAGUAGGUUCAGCCCUAUACUCGGGGGUAGAAGCAACUAUGCUCCGUUUGGCUCUGGUUAUGGAGUGGGCCUCAACUUUGAGCCCGGAUUGAGCCCAGGGUAUGGAGGAAGUGCAAAUUUCAACACUAGUUUGACCUACGGACGCGGACCUUAUUAUGCUAAUAAUAAUAAUAAUAAUAACAACAACAACACAAGUAGGUUCGGCAGUCUAAUGGGGCUUGAUGGAGGGAAUGGAGGAAACUCUUCCUUUUUCAGCUCAACUAGGAGUCUGUGGGGUAAUGGAGGGUCAAACUACGACAUUAACCCCAUAAGCUCAAACAAUUUGGGUGGGUCCGGGAACGGAAGCCUUAGUGGGGGAUUGCUUAACAACAACAGCAACAACAACAGAGGAGUUUGGGGUUCAUCUGCCAUUUCUGUGCAGCAGGGUGGAAGGAAUGUUUCUGGCCAAAGUGGGAAUCUUGGUUAUGGAGGUGCUAAUAAUAGUUUUUAUGGUUUAACUGGAGGGACACCUGGUAGAAACUUUGCAGGCAAUGAUAGGUCUUUUGCUGAGUUUUAUGACAAUGACUUCAAGUACGCCGAUCCUACUUGGGGCGAGCGUGACACAUCCUUUGCUUAUCUUACUGGUGGCAACACAUCCUCUGAGAUCCCCCCUCACAGCUCUGCAGGUUCUGUCAGUAGUAAUGGUGUUACAAAUAGACAAAAUUAUCGAGGCAUUGGCGGUUAGGUAAAUUUUGCAAACCGGGUUUUGAUGCUUGUCAAGGCUUGUUGUAGCAGUGAAACCAUGCAUGAAUUUUGCAUUACUCUUCCAUAGCAUAUUUGAAUUUGAGUGUUGAAAUAGUUGGAAAUCAUUUCCAGGAGCUGACUAGAGAGAGUUUUUAUUUUUCUUUUUCUUUAUUUUGGUUAUAUUUUGUGUUAAGUAGUUGAGUAUUUCCCUUAGGAUUUCCAUUUUUGUCUUAAGAGCGAGUGAGGUGUAAACUCAGACGGCGGCGUAUAGUCAGAAAUGUAUCUUUGCAUCUCCGGUGAGACGGCGGGUCCCAAUACUUAAGAAACACUUAGACUAGAAAAAUUUCUGGUUUUAAAUUUUAGAGUUUGUGCUUUUUUUUUUUCCUCUGUAAUGACUGCAAAUUUUGCAGUUUCAUCUUAGAUUUUCUUAUUGCCUUAAAAUGUAGGCUUUCAUUUGAAGGUAUGUAUGGGAGGUUAGUUCUUGAUCUGGUGAUUCCCACAUAGGGUUCCCCAUGAAUAAAUGUCAAAACUUAAU